CUGCUACUUUCAUCAGAUUGAAACAAAUCUACACCUAUUGAGACACACAAAACUAUUGCUCCUGCUACUAGAAGCCAAAACCUUAAUGAAAAACCAUGGAAAAUACCCAUUACGACUGCGAGGAUCGCUACAUCCUGAAACUCAGCUAUCGUUUGGUCACCUGGAUCGAUAAAGAACAAAGGAUCUAUACAAUUGGGCCACUGCAGAAGGUCAAAGCUUUGGUCACCAAUUUCCGAGCAGAUACACCUCUGACUAGGGAGAAGCUGGACUUCAUAGCUGGGAGGAUCCCAACUCUGCACAGACAUCUCACAGAUGAUCAAUACUAUGUGAUUAAGGACAACAUACUAGGUGCGGUCAAAAAGAAAUUGACAGCCAUCUAUAAACCCUAUACGUCAUCCCAAGGGGACACUGAUGAGGCAAAAGUGGUCUGGAAGAUCUUCACAGGAUCAAGCUGUCCGGUGUACAGACCACCAAGGCCAAACACAACCCAAAACAACUCAGGGAGGGCUGGUCAACAACCAGUGGCACCUCCGAACAUCCCUCCAGUGGUCCUAGAGAUGCCUUGGCACCCAGAGGGACCAGAAGAGAUGCAGGAGUUACCCCAAAUGACAGAGUUCAACUACCAGGUGCUGCCUGACAGCGAAACACGGAUCGAAGAAAUGUACUCUCUUGCCUUGAACAAUGGCGGAGAGGAGAUCCCAGGGCUGUGGAGGCUGUCGGGAUACAAUCCUGAUCACAGUGUGUAUCUGUCUGCUAUUGUGAAAAUCAUGGAGAAGAAAGAGAAGCCAGUGGGACCUUCUUCUCGCAUGCAACCGCCCUCUGCCACGAGGAAAAGGCGACGGGAGUCCGAAGUCCAAGAUGAGACCGUUUUCAAAAGAAGUCGCAUUUAUAUUUAAAAAUUGGGCUUGAAGAAAGACUUGCCAUACAGACUGUGAAUUAAUAUUGAAAGUAUUUUCUAUUUCUCAAUAAAUAUAGGAAUUUUAUAAUAAUUUCAUUUUGUAAUGAAUGUGACCUAACGCAAUUCUAGAAAAAAAAAUGCAAUUAUGAACUAAUAAAAUUCUAAUAAAUUACUCAUUAAAUAGA